GCCACCUGCACUUCCGGAAGACCCGGAAGCGUUGUUGGCAACUGUCUGAAGUGGUUACUGAGUUGGGUUCGGAGCAGGAACAGGUCUGUCCUGCGUAGGGGGCAAAGGGAGCGAGGAACGCGGCAGUCGCCCCGCCAGCCCUCGGGGGGGCCAGAGCCAGGAAAGCGCCUGACAUGGCGGCGUUGCCAGCGGCGACAGCUGAGCGGGAGCGCGCGUAAGAUCGGACCCCUCACCUCAGCCCCUUCCCCCUGCCCGGCUCCGGGAGCGGUGACGUCACGGAGCAGCCCCUGCCAUGGAGAAGUUUGGCAUGAACUUCGGCGGGGGGCCUAGCAAGAAGGACCUGCUGGAGACCAUAGAGACGCAGAAGAAACAGUUGCUCCAGUACCAGGUCCGCCUCAAGGACGUCGUUCGGGCGUAUAAGAGCUUGCUGAAAGAGAAAGAAGCCCUGGAGGCCAGCCUCAAGGUGCUCUCCGCGUCCCAUGAGGCGGACGAUGCCGGCCAGUCCCCAGGUCUUCCCUUGGCCGACGCUGUUGAUGACCGGUGCUCCACUCAUAGUGAGGACAGCACUGGCACUGCUACCAGCCUGGACACAACAGCCAGUCUGACCAGCACCAAGGGUGAUCUCGGGGUGGAAGAGGAAAGACUGGCCACUGGUCCGCCACCUCCGAAGUCUGAGGAAGCCAGUGGGUCCGAGAGUGGCAUUAGUUCCAGUAGUGGGGAUGUGCCAACCAGUGGUGGGGGGGAAAUUGACAAACGGUUGCACCAACUGAAGACUCAGUUGGCCACUCUGACCAGCUCUUUGGCCACAGUGACUCAAGAGAAGUCUCGCAUGGAAGCUUCAUACCAGGCUGAUAAAAAGAAGAUGAAACAAGAUUUGGAGGAUGCUAGCAGAAAGGCUGAGGAAGAAAGGAGCCGGCUGGAGGGGGAGCUAAAAGGGCUGCAGGAGCAGAUGGCAGAGACUAAAGCCAGGUUGAUCACACAGCAGCAUGACAGAGCCCAGGAGCAGAGUGAUCAUGCUUUGAUGCUGAGGGAGCUGCAGAAAUUACUACAAGGAGAGAGAACCUUAAGGCAGGAUAUUGAACUGCAGCUAGAGGAGACCCGGGAAGCCCUGGCUGGACAGGCCUAUUCAGCUGACCAGGUGGAAGGGUUUGAGUUACAGAUCAAACAGUUGACCCAUGAAGUGGAGGACCUGAAGCGUGAACUGCAGGCUCUUCGAGAAGAGAAGAGUCAUCCAGACCCUCGGCUGGAAGAACUUCAGGAGGAAGCUGCCCACCUUAAGAGCCAUUUCCAGACCCAGUUGCAGCAGGAAAUGAGGAAGACUGCUUUGGCCGAGGAACAGCUCCGUCAGUAUUCUCAGAUGGAGGAACAGAGGGUGGCUGCCCUAGAGAACCAAGUCUCAGAAGUGUCUGAGCUGUUGGGCACUUAUGAGAAAGCCAAGCAAAAGGACCAGCUGGCCAUUCAGAAGCUGAAGGAUCGCCUUCUGCAGCUGGAUAUGGAGAAUAAGACACUAGCUCUUGCAGCCUCUAGUCGUUCUCCCCUGGACAGCCACAAUGAGGAGACCAGCCUGGAUGUCAAUGUCCUAAAGGAUAAGAUGGAGAAACUGAGGAGGCUGUUGCAGAUUGCAGCCAGGAAGAGCCAGGUAUCUCUGAAUAUGGAAAAACUGUGUGAAAUAGAGAUGCUGACAAACUCAGAUGCUGCUGAUGGGGAAAAGGCUACUGCACUCUACUACCAGCAAGAGCUCAAGCAGCUGAAAGAGGAGUUUGAAAGGUACAAAAUGAGGGCCCAGGUCGUCCUCAAGAGCAAGACAAGCAAGGAUGGCAACCUAGCCAAGGAACUGGAGGAAAGCCAGGAGCAGCUUGGAGAGCUGAAGGAGAAGUACAUUUCCCUUCGGCUGUCCUGUGAAGAGCUAGAAAGGCAACACCAACAAGAGGCAGAGAGCUGGAAGCAGGAGUUGGCUCAGCUGCAGCAGGUCCAUCGGCAGGAGCUGGAGAGAAGCCAGCUUGAUUUCCGGGACCGGACACUGAAGCUUGAAGAAGAGCUGCACAAACAGAGGGACCGUGCUUUAGCAGUGCUUGCCGAGAAGGACUUGGAACUAGAGCAGCUCCGAUCUGUGGCUUUGUGCUCUGGGCUGCAGGGGCAUAAGGCCUCAGUGAGCCAGGGGCAUAAUGGAGGUCUAAGUGACUCAUCUCCAGACAGUUUGACCCAAGCUCUGCACCUGGCUGCGUCAAAUGAACCCACUUUCUUCUUGUAUGCUGAACAGCUGGCUCGCAAGGAGGUUGAGAUAACAUCUCUGAGGAAACAAAAGCAUAAGCUUGAGGUGGAGGUACACCAGCUUCAGGACAGGCUGAUUGUGGAGGGUGAACAGCACCGAGAACAAGUCUGUGCUCUACAGAGCCACAUUGAAAAAAGUAUCAGGGACCAAAGCAGGGAGGGGGCCAAUCUGGAGUACUUAAAAAAUAUAAUCUAUCGCUUCUUAACCCUGUCUGACUCUUUGGGCCGCCAGCAGACACUUACAGCCAUAUUGACUAUCUUGCAUUUCAGUCCAGAGGAGAAAGAAGUGAUUAUGAAACUCCCAACCAGUAGUAGCUGGUGGCCUUCUGGCAAGAGAUAAAACUUUUGGUCCUUUCCUUUUUUUAUCCUCGGGUCAGUUCUGAUACUAUAACCUCUUCUCUUACUAGUAUCAUUUCUGUCUUUCCCAUACUGGGCUGGGAUGGUGUCUGCCAGAUGCUUCUGGGCCCUGUGGCAGUGCUUAUGGUAUUACUGUAAUAGCAACCUCUGCUCAGGGGUUUGAGAUUGAGCACCAAAGUUUGGAGAAUAUUGAAACUUUCUAAAAUAAAAUGUUUUGUUAUCCUUUGCAAGUUCCCAGAGACAGUUUAGUUUCUGAGUAGAUAAUAAAUUAAUUCCAUUGGAAAGGUAAUCCAGUACCACUGGUGCUUUUAAUAUGACAAUAAUAAUAUAAUUAAUGUGUAUUAUUAUGAUUAAUUAUUAAUUAAUAUGAUUAAUAAAACAGUGAUUUGUUCCUUCAUUUCCAGAGGCAGGUGGGAUUUUGGCCCAAUCCCCUGGGGCAUGAGACAAGUCUGGAAUAGGAAUGGUGUUCACAGGAUUCCUUCACUAGGUGCAUAUUUUGCUUAUGCAGUCCAAGAGUCUUGUGAACUUGGGAUUUUUGGACCUUGCCAAGAGUUUACCUAGCACUCUCACAGGUUUUAAAAAGCAGAUGUUGAGGGGAGGGAGAAGGUGCUAUGUCUGUAGCACACAGGAUUAAAAGUAUGUUCUUUUAAGCUUAAAGACUAAUAUUUAAAUCUUUGUUCAUCAACAAUGAGUGAUUCCCAUAGCCAGUUAAAUCCCUUGUAUGGAGAAUUAGCUUUAAUAAAUUAUGGAAAAAACCCACUAACACAACAGUAAUUCAGAAGAUCCGAUAAAGAUGCCUUUCUGGGGUCACAGUCAAGCAUUCUUGGAGAAAAGUGAUUUGGAUACUUUGAAAUUCUUGGGAAAUCCAGGGAACCAAAGGAAAAAGAGAAUGAGAGACAUUUCACAGGUAUGACAGUGUACCCAAAAGAAAAGUGGGGAGGACUGCCAGCAAGAGCAUUAACUGGGCUCAGCCCACUUUUACUGUCCUCAGAGUCUAACUUCUAGCCUGAUAAUAGUCUAGCUUUCUAGUCAAGAGCUCAACUAGUCUUAAAAAAAAUUAUUGUUACUUUGAUUUUACAUCACCUACAUUUUCUACUUUAUCCCUUGUUCUUCCUUUCAGGGAGCUAUCUCUUAUAACAAUGUAAAAAGGAGGAAAUGAAAAAUCAUUUAGCCAAACUAGCCAACUGAUCAACCAAGUCCAAAAUAGGAUCAUAGAUUUAAAGCUGGAAAUAACUGUAUAGGUCCUUGGCUCCAACCGACUAAUUUUACAGAUGAGGCUUAGAGAGAUUAUAAGUGGUUUGUGUAUGGUCACAUAGCUAGCGUCAAGCAGGAUUUGAACCCAGGUCUUCCUGGCUUCGACUCUAGCACUCUGUUUACCACACUGUGUUGCCUCUAAACGUACAUGGAGUUUCAUGCUCAUAGUCCCCUGCCUCUGCAAAGAAGGGAGGAAGGUGCAUUCUCACGUCACAGACAUAAUUUCAAUUUGUUGUAUUGCUGUCCCAUUUGUUGCAAUUUGGUAUAUUGUUUUCUUAGUUCUGCUUAUUUUGCAUCAGUUAAUAUGUUUUCCCAUGCUUCUCUAUAUUGUUCAUAUUUAUUAUUCCUUAUAGCAAGUAAUAUUCUAUUGCAUCCAUGUAACACAACUUGUGUAUAUAUUUUCCAAUGAUGGGCAUCUACUUUUCUUUCCAGUUCUUUGCUACUAUAAAGGGUGAUAUUAAAGCUGUAUUUUCAUGUAUUUGGGGCAUUUUUAAUGAUCACCUUGUAUAAAUGCAUAGCAGUGGGACCUCUAGGUCAAAGGGUAUGGAUAUUUUGGUCACUUUUUAAACAAUUCUAAAUUGCUUUCCAAAAGUUCAGACCAAUUUACAAUUCUACCAAUAGGAUACCACUUACUCUUCUGACUUCACCUUAAGGUAGAGAAAACCUAAGAGUCUGCUGUUGUAAGAGUUUGAUUUAAUUCUUAUCUGUUAAAGGAGACACAUUUUCUGUGUAUCCUUUACUGGUAUUCUUUGAGGGGCUUUGGGGUUGAAUAUCUUAUUCUACUCUCAUUACCCUUAGUGUUUUCACCACUGUUUAGUCUGAUUGUAUAUUUCAUACCUCUUUACUACUCAUUUCCUACUCUUCCUCUCAGCUCAUAUGUUAUGAAAGGAUCAUAAAACCAGAGCAGAAGCAAGUCUUUCUGGAUCUUGAGGAGUCUGUUGAAUUUCUCUCUUGUUGAUAGGAUUUGUUGAUUAAAUUCUUUAUGCCAGGGAGUUACCUGCUAGAUCAUAGGAUCAUAGAGCUGGAAGGGACCUUAGAGGCUGUGGAACCCAACUGCCUCAUUUAAUAAAUGAGGAAAUAGAGGUACAGAGAGGAAGAGUGACUUACUCAGAAUGUCUGAGGGAUCCCUUAAGUCUUUCUGAUUCAAAGUCAUACAAAGUCUUGAUCCACUAUUCCAGUGGUGUCAAACAAGAAGAAAUGGAUCUUUGUAGCCUGCAUAUUGACUUAGAAAACCACCCAUUAACAGCAUGUUGUGUUGUAUUUUUAUUUAUUUUGUUAGACGUUUCCCACUCACAUUUUAACCUGGUUUCGGCUGGUCUUGGGUGUUUGCAGGGCUAUGUCUCAGGUAGUGAGUUUGACACCUCUGUACCAUGCUAACUUUGAGUUAAACUUUCCCUAAAGUAAUUUAUAUUUUAAUUCCAUGUUCUCAAUAUUUACUCCAAUUUUCAAGAAGGAACUUGAGUAUGUGAACUCUUCUACUGCUAGUUGCGACACAUUAUUUUCCAAGCUUAAAGGAUCCAGAACUAAUAAUAAACAUAGGUGGCCAUGAGGAGUUCAGGAUGAGCCCAGAUGACACCAGGGGUCUCAGACCUAAAAUAACAAUAAUCAGCCUACAGAAGACCUGAAACCCUGCACUUGCCCUAGAACGGUUUUUUUUUUUUUUUGUGCAAUACAUCCCUUUGUCAGGCUGGUAGAGUCUAUGAACUCCCUUUCAAAAUGCUUUUAAAUACAUAAAAUGAAAUAAUUAGCAUUACCAAAAAAAUCAGUUAUAUAGAAAUACAGUUAUCAAAAUCUUAAAAAAAAAAAGUACACAGACCCCAAGUUCAGAACUCUCCUGCCCUAGCUUUUGUGUUUGGGAAUACCAGGUGGAUUGUGGAGGGAAUGGUUAUUUGUCUUGCUACAGUAUCUUCAAUGUUGAACUUCAGAUUUUUAAAGAAAACUGCCUCCCAGUUGAGCAAUCACUUUAUAUAGUAUCCUCUUUCAAUAUUGGGAGGUGUUAGCUAUUGGUUGUAAGGCUUUGGCAGGCCAUCUUGCAAGCAAUUCCUUUUGUUCUCUCUCACCUCUUUCUAUCCUUGUGGGGAGACCAGGAAGAGAAGAAAAGCAGUGUUUUCCUAGUUGGUCAUGUUUCAUAAGCUGUGGGAGACCUUUGUAGGAGAGGACUGGAAUCUCAGCUGAAAAAAAUGUUACACUUUAACUUCCGCUUGAGCAAUGGUUCCUCAUAAAGUUUCAUAGCCCUAGCUCUUUGGAAAUUUGAGAUUUGGAAAGCAGUAAAAGGAAAACUGGCUGGUCAUAUCCCCUCUCCCUCCUGCCUUUUAUUUGGGGCCAUGAAGCUUCUCUCCAAUUGCAUUAAAGCCAUAAUUCUGCUGACCUCCUUGCCCAAGAGAAUCUAUGUUUUAGAUGGGGAUUAGAAGGGCAGGCCAUGAAGCCCAAUGAGUUGAGAAGUAGAAUAAAAUAGCCAUGGGGAGGGCUGCUAGUAUUGACACAUUACUCAUUUCCCUUUCUGAGUUAGCUAAAUUUCCAGGUCAAGUUACUAUAAGAAUUUCCAUAGCUUCCUCUCUCAUUAAGAUGGCACACUUCACUGGGAGAGUUGGGAAGGCAAUGGAGUUAAACUUUCUUUAUGUGAAUGUGAUUUUCUUUCUUUUUUCCUUUCUUCUUACAGGGCUUAAUUUGGGCAUUUGUAAAGUAGAGUUUGUCCCCUCCUAGGAAAAGAAAGCCUUACUUCUCAGGUACCAUCGGAAGUGAGAUACCCAGAAUCCUGCUGUAGAUAUUUCUUUCAUCUCCUCAAACUCCCUUGUGGGGAUCUCAAAUGCAACUUUGUCACUAAUUGGACUCCCUAAGCACCUGUCUGUUGUGUCCUCCUGGUAUAGAGAAAUGGUUUUUUUGGUUUUUUUUUUUAACCUCAUAGCAGAGAUUUGUGACUCUGAGAGCUAUGAUUAAAAGGUCCAUUGGAUCAUAGGACCUUAGAUCUACUUCUGGAAAAGACCUGAGGCCAAGUUCUCAGUGGAAGGGCCAGGGUUCUUCUCUUCUCUGCUCCUGAAAAGUUGUUCGUUCUAGUGCUGAGUGGGGCCUUACAAUAUACUACCUUGAGGGGUGACCACAAAAAAUGAUAUGUUUGGGACAGUAAUGAUGUGUUAUAAUAAAAACAUAGCAAAAACUA